CCUUUGGCGAGUCCAUUUUGAACAACACCCCCCGCCAUGCCACUGUGGUAACGGCAGAGUUAUGUGAACUGUUACGAGUUGAACAGAAGGAUUUUAAGGUGUUGUGGGAGAUCAAAGAAAGCAGGGCUCUAUCUUUUGAUCUAUUGACCAAUUUUGAUGAAGAUCUCGAAUGAGAGAAAUCAGCAACUCAUGGAAGGAGCUUUCAAUCCGGCCAUCUCCACACUGCCCCAGCUUGAUACAACUUACCGCAGAGUGGCUGACCCUCGUAGACGAAGUGUGAAAGAAGGGGAGAAUACUUUGACCAAUACAGCUACUCCCAUUACUUCUACACCUUCAUCUCGGCUCCUCAAGGCAGGCUACGUGCUGCGAACCAUCAUCCAGACGCGUUCACCUUCCAUGAUACGUGAUCGCAAGCAUCAUCUACGCACAUACCGCAGGUGCAUGGUCGGGAGUGAAAUGACAGACUGGAUGCUACAGGUUAGCCCCUCCGUCCACUCCAAGAUACAAGCCAUAGGCAUGUGGCAGGCACUGUUAGAGGAGGGAGUGUUGGUUCAUGUAUGCAGAGAACACCCAUUCAAGGAUGCAGACUUGUUCUACCGUUUCCAUGACGAUGACCAAGGGGUUGGCACAGUACCCACUUCAGGCAUGAAGAAAGAGUGUGAGGAACUCCUGCCUGAAGUCGUCAACAAUUUGGUACAGAUUGGACCUGACGCUUUGAUGAGGAUGAUUUUAAGAAAACUACCUGAAGACAGAAGUCCUGAAGACUUGGAGAUUAUCUACGAGGAGCUGCUGCACAUCAAGGCCCUGUCUCAUCUGUCUACUAUGGUAAAGAGAGAACUGGCCAGCGUCCUCAUGUUUGAGGCGCAUGAGAGAGCUGGAACUGUUUUAUUCAACCAAGGAGAUGAAGGAACAUCCUGGUACAUUAUACUCAAGGGGUCUGUCAAUGUUGUUAUAUAUGGAAAGGGCGUGGUAUGUACACUUCAUGAAGGAGAUGAUUUUGGAAAGCUGGCCUUGGUCAAUGAUGCCCCAAGAGCUGCUACUAUUGUGCUGCGAGAAGAUGACUGUCACUUCCUACGUGUUGACAAAGAGGAUUUUAACAGGAUACUCAGGGAUGUGGAAGCUAACACAGUGAGGUUAAAAGAACAUGGACAGGAUGUUUUGGUACUGGAGAAGAUUCCAACCAAACAGCCAGGGCAGCAGACUACCUCAGGGCAAACUCAUUACAAAUACUCUGUGAUGGCAGGAACACCUGAAAAGAUGUUAGAAUAUCUUCUGGAGACCAUUGAAAGCAAACAUGAAAAUGUGUCAGAUACAUUUCUGGAGGAUUUCCUGCUGACCCAUAUCAUCUUUAUGCCCAGCAAUCAUCUGUGUCCUGCCUUACUUAUGCACUAUAAUGCUGAAGGAGCCAAUGGCAACUCAGAACAGGAAUCACCUGACCUGAUGCUAGCCAAUAAGAAAAGAGUUGUCAAGUUUGUGCAGGAAUGGCAAAACGUGGCUGGAAGUGUAUUCUUUGAAGAUGCGACAGUCACUGCUUUCCUGGAAGAGAUGAGAGUGGCAGUGAACGAAGACUCUGGAUUCUUUGAUUCUCUGAAAGAAGAGGCUAAUACUAUAAAGCAAAUACAACAUAGACAGCAAGGACAUCUGAACAGUCUCCACCCCAAGAGAGUCAGCCUUCCCGACUCUUGUUCUUCAGACCCACAGGCAUCUCCUAGCCGCUCUCCUCACCCUUCACCAUCGCGGUCGCCAUUACUACAAAGGUUCACGCGGAGAGGGAGCAACUUCGAGACUGUCAUUGAUGACAAAGUUCAACCACUGAGAGCAAUUGAUGAAAAUAUCUUCAAGAUCUACUGUGCAGACCACACCUACACUACUCUGAGACAGAGGAUGGGGGCCAGUGUAGCAGAGGUGCUGCAGAACGCUGCCAACAAAUUGUGCCUUGGAAACGACCUCUUGCUCUGUGAGGUCAAAAGUAAUGGAGAGAGGGUAAUAUUCAGUGAAGAUGACCUGUGUGUUACCACAGGACUGAGUGUUAAUGGAAGGUUGUUCAUUGUGCCAAAAGAACACCUGGAUGCACUGACUCCACUGCCAGAACAAGACGGCCCUACUGAGAACACAUAUGCCACAUUUGAAAUCAUGGGCUCUAAGGACAUCGCCUAUCACCUCACUAUGUACGACUGGGAGCUACUCAACACUAUGCAUGAGUAUGAGAUGAUCUACCUCAUUUUUGGUCGCAGUAAAUUCCAGAGAAUCUCGGCUAAUUUCGACCGCUUUCUGCAGAGGUUUAACGUAGUGCAGUACUGGGUGCUGACAGAGAUGUGCCUCACGCCUAAUCUGGGGAAGCGAGUUCAGAUGCUGAAGAAGUUUAUUAAGAUUGCAGAGUACUGCCUUGAGUACCAGAACUUGAAUUCCUUCUUUGCCAUAGUAAUGGGACUGAGCAAUCUGGCUGUGAGCAGACUGUCCCAGACCUGGGAGAAACUUCCUAGCAAGAUGAAGAAGUUAUUUUCUGAUUUUGAAAGUAUGAUGGACCCUUCCCGCAACCACCGUGUGUACAGGCUCACAGUGGCAAAGAUGGACGCCCCAUUUAUUCCAUUUAUGCCUUUGCUCAUGAAAGAUUUGACUUUCACACAUGAUGGCAAUAAGUCUUACUUUGAUGGUUUAGUUAACUUUGAAAAGAUGCAUAUGGUAGCUCUGACAAUGAGAUCCAUCAAGUUUUGCAGGAGCAAGCCUCUAGAAGUGGAACCUCCUACAGUGGGAAAGAAUGCUCAAGAUGUCAAGAAUUACGUCAGGAAUAUACGUGUGAUAGACAACCAGAGAAUAUUGACUCGACUGUCACAAAGACUAGAGCCACGUAGAUCCUGAUCCAACACAGUGACAAAGGUGUGGCUUUUGGUUUCUGAACCUUUCUCUGUCAUCGUCAUGAGAAGCGAUGAGAAAUUGAGGUCGUGGUUUUAAAAUUGCAGAGUAAGGUGGUUUUUUGUGUGAUCAUCAAAGACUACAGAAGGAGAGGAUCUUGACUGAUCAAAAAAGACUAUAGAAGAUGAUCAGAUGUGAUCAAUAAAGAAUACAGAAGAUCCUGCAUGAUCAAAAAAGACUACAGAAGUAGAGGAUAUUGUGUGAUAAAAGAAACGACUUUAAACAGAAAAAGUGGAUCAAAUGUGAUCAUAAAAGACUUCAGAGGAAGAGGAUCUCAUGUGCCCAAUGAGGAAGACAGUGACAAACUUCAAUCAAAGGUGCCAAGAAAGUUUUCUAUUUAAGCCAACAGAAGAUUUGUCAGAAUAUCUUGUUCCUAACUUUACUCUUUGGAAAAUAGUCAAAUGGCUAACUUUCCAAUUAUGUAAUGCCACUGAAUCAACUUGUCUUCCUGGUGAAGAACAAAAAGAUAGAAGUUACUGAACACAGUUAGGUUACUUUAUAUUUUUUCUAGUAACUUAAAAUUCUGCAUCAGGAUAUUCAUACAAUAAGAAAUUAAUUAUUUAAAAUCAAAGAAGUGGGUUCACCCAUCAUGUAGUGCCAGUGUUUUUGUAAAAUUCACAUAAGAUUAAAGGUGCCAGACAUUUAAAAUUGAACAACUGGUGCAGUUAGACCUGGCAUGAUUUUAUAUCAGUUUGAAACACAACUGUUAUCGUAAUAUAACAAACUAGAGAAGUUGUACAUAUCAUUUAGCUAAUUGAAUCUUGAGAAUGAAAGAAAGUAAAUGCGUGCCACAUUUCAAGGAUUUUGAAGUCAAAUCUGUAGUUAGAAAGAAUUCUACCAGGUAUGUCAGGAGUAACUUGGCGUAAGGGCUUGUGUGACAGACAGCCAGAGGACAUUUAAGUAAAUUUUUACAAAUGUUCAAAACUCAUGUAGGUCCUGAUCCUGUGUUGCCAUGGCAGAAUAGUUCUUAUUAGAGAGCUUCAGAAGUGUUUGUCAGUUGACAAAAUAAGUUUGAUUUACAUACAAAAGUUAUCACUGACAGGUCUAGUUUAUCCAUACAUUUUAUUUCGUUUUAUUUAUUUUUAUUUUCUCAAGUGUAUAAAGAAUAUAUAAUACAGUCAGUGACAGUGUUACACACGUUACAAUGCACCAUAAUAAUAGUUAUGAUUAUAAGAUGAGGCAGAAUAUUUUGUGUUGCAAUGGAUGGAGUCAUCUACGAAGCAUGAGGUGGUAGUGCUUACAGAUGACAGGACUAUAUAUACUGGGAAACAAUUAAGGGUUUUUCCAGAAAUGUUUAAACAAGACCCAAUUCUGGCUGUAGAAGACUGGCACAAGCAAAUGUCCACCUCGUGAAUCAUUUCAGAUAAAAUAAUCCUGAAAGUAACCUCAAGUUAUUAUGAGGCAGUUUUAGCAAUAAAAAUCGUUUGUACAUACUGGUUAGAUAUUUCUAUUCAGGUAUAUUUUGAAUUAUUUUAAAUUCUUCUCGCCUUUUACUAAUGUGCUUUUAAAUAUCUGUUUAUAACAAAAAGCCAAGUGAAACAGUUAUUUGAAUUAUUAUGUGUUGAUAUUUAGAGUGUAAUUUUCUUUAGUGUAAAGCGAGUUUACUGCUGCUAGAAACUUUUUGAUAAUAUUUGUUUUUAGUACUGCUCAGUCAGAUCCCUUACUAAUACCUUGUUUACAUCAUGAGCCUAUGUGUAUGAGCCGAAGUCCUUCUUAAUAUCAUGACAAAUUUAAUUUCAUGGUGCAAAAAAAUAAAUUUGGAUU